ACAUCCAUCGUGUCAGUUCGGGAUCGAAACUCAGAAGCAGAAGAAAUGGAUUAUUGAGAGCUGAAAUUAUUUCUUACAAAAAAAAUUAAUUUAAAUGCAUUUAAAGCUAAAUAAAGUACAAACAUAAAGUAUUGACGGACUCAAUUGUGAUAGUUGGCAUUGUAAUUGUUGAUAAACCAAAACGUGAACGCAAAAUACAGCAGAGAACGUGUGCUUGUCUAAAAAGUGUGACUUUGUUACGUUUUCCGUUCAUUUUGUUCACGGAAAAUCAAUAGUGACUGUGAAAGCGCUUUGUACUUUCUGUAUCGUCGAAUCUCAUUGGAAAUACGAGGGAGACUUGAGUUUUUCAACAAAAAGAGAAAAGCCUUCAAGUUUUGUGGCCAGAACGGAGUGACAUUAAUUAAGGAUCAACAAAGCCAGACCAGUGGAGAUAGCAGCCAAGAGCACCAGAACCAGGCAAAAUGGCAAAUGUGGUAACCAGCUCACGUUAUAUUUACGGGCCCGCCGCACACGAGGUAGUGUUCGAUCAGGUGGAUAACAACACGAACGCAACCCAGCUCUUUAAGAACAACAUCUACAACAACAUCAUGAACAACAACUACAAUCGGGAGGAGGAUCGCUUGAAGACCUUUGUUAACUGGCCGCUGGAUUGGCUGGACAAGUGCCAGUUGGCCCAAACGGGCAUGUACUACACCAACGUGGACGAUAAAGUGAAAUGCUAUUUCUGUGGCGUGGAGAUUGGACGCUGGGAGCCCGAGGAUCAGCCCGUGCCGGAGCACCAGAGAUGGUCCCCAAACUGCCCGCUGCUGCGUCGUCGCACCACCAACAAUGUACCGCUCAAUGGCGAGGCGCUGGACCGCGUCCUGCCACCCCUCAGCUACGAUAUCUGCGGUGCCAACGAUGCAGCGACAGCCGGUGUGGAGUUGCGCGAACACGCCUACCCCGAGGGUCGCAUUCCCAUGUCCCACAUGAUCCAAUCGAUUGGAGUGAAUACGGCCAACGGUUCAGUGUCCAUGGGCCCGACUCUCAGCUCGAUAGCGACACAGGCAUCAACGGCCACCCAGGCCAACGGAGAUGUCCAGCCGGAGACGUGCAGGGCACCGGCUGCCAGUGGAAAUUAUUUUCCCGAAUAUCCGGAAUACGCCGUAGAGGCGGCACGCCUGCGCACCUUCGAGGCGUGGCCACGGAACCUGAAACAAAAGCCCCCCCAGCUGGCCGAGGCGGGUUUCUUCUACACGGGUGUGGGCGAUCGCGUUCGCUGCUUCAGCUGCGGCGGUGGCCUGAAGGACUGGGACGACAACGACGAGCCCUGGGAACAGCAUGCCCUUUGGCUCAGCCAAUGCCGCUUCGUCAAGCUGAUGAAGGGUCAGCUCUAUAUCGAUUCCCUCGCUGCCAAGCCAGUGGCGUCCGAGGAGAAGGAGGAUACUCCGCCAGUAGCCAGCAGUACAUCGGCCACGGAGACUUCCGAGGAGGCAUCUUCAGGAUCCGGGGAUGUGGCACCAUCAUCCGUAGCAUCAACAGCCGCCCGGCGCAUCUUCGACAAAAUUGCGGAAGCCACGUCCGCCGAUGUUCCACCACCUGCCAGCAGCAACAGCGGUUCACCCGCCAUACCCGAGGAGAAGAUGUGCAAGAUCUGCUAUGGUGCCGAGUACAAUACGGCUUUUUUGCCCUGCGGCCAUGUGGUGGCGUGCGCCAAAUGCGCCUCAUCCGUUACCAAGUGCCCACUGUGCCGGAAACCCUUUACCGAUGUGAUGCGUGUAUAUUUUUCUUAAGUAACACCCAAACCCAAAUCCAA